CACCUGAAGUAGUUGUGUGUAAAAUCUUAGACCGUGAUGAUUUUUUUUCGUUGUUAUGUGUAAGAAGCACGAUUGUUUAAUUUUUCUGAGGGAAAUAACUCAGGUCAUCCUCCUUGCAUUGGCGGAGAUUUGCGUAUUUGCCUUUUUAAGUGUCCCUUUUUCUAGGUGAAAAUAUGGCAACAUGUUGAGGGAAUGGUUCGAAUAUUUUCGUCUUUUGUUAUAUAGACUGUUUUUCGGUAACUAUGCCGUACAAGGAAAUCCCGACGCCGCGAGAGGCACUAGAACCCAAGAACGCAACUUAACAUCCCACAAAAUGUCUGACACACAGGUUUCGCUUGUCGGUUCUGGCAGCAGACAAGUAGAACAAGAAACUAGCGAGGAAACAACACUCUCUGAGGUGUCGAAAGAUCUUGGCCACACUAAAAUCUCAGAGAAAUCGGCAGAAUUUCAAGCUACUUCCAACACUUCAAUUGUAGAAGAAAGUGCCUCGAAAAACAUUCAAAGUAGUUGCAGCGUCGUUCAGUCUCAAUCCGUCUCACAAUCAGUUUCUGAAAGUCGCAAGGACACGGAAGCCUCUUUCUCAUCGGUAUCUCAGUCAGACGAAAAAGUGGAAACAUCAGCGUCAGAAACCUCGACAAUAAGUAACUAUUAUAAACCUCUAGAACCCAUCAAAUCUUUUGAACCUGUGAAACCUUUUGAACCCCUGAAACCGUUUGAACCUUUGAAGCCGUUUGAACCCCCCAAAUCUUUUGAAUUGACAAGACAAGCAGAAAAGAUAGUUGAACAAACACAACAAAGUGAGAAUAUAGCCCCAACAGAAAGCACGACAUCUACUAAUAACACAGAAGAAAGCACCGUUAAAGAAGAAGUAAUAGUUGAAGAAGAAAAACUUGUUAAUAAUGGGUUUCCUCCCGAUUACAUACCGGUUGAAGCUUUAGAACCAUUAAAACCCUUCGAACCUCUUCCUCCAUUAGAACCCUUCGAAAUCUCUGGCGCUGUAAACGGUCUAGGUAAAAGCUUUAAUGACUCAUCGCCCAAAGCAGAGAUAAAAGAAGAAAGAAUUAAAAAUUCUCUCAAAGAAAUUAUUUCUGAUUUAGACAACUACGCGGAAAAAGAUAGAGAAUUGAAAGAAUCUUUUUAUGAGGAAAAGAAAGCAGAUGGAAACAGCACAACUUAUUCGUAUGAAAAAGCAUUGGAAUCACAAUCUCAUGUUAAAGAGAAGGGAAAGCGAUCCAACAAAGACAAUUGGAUUGCCCAUUUACCUUCAGUGUUGUCCAAAGAACGUCCCCUGUCUUUGCCCCCUGAAAACCCUUUCAGUUACGUCGACUUUUCAAAGAUUACGCAAGAGCUCAGUGGUGGACAACGUUUUCAGGAUGAAAAUGCUCCUCCACCAAAGCCCAUCAAUUUGGAAAAAAUUUUCACGCCAGCUGAUGGAGAGCAGAUACUGCCGACUAGAAACAGAAAAAUGUACGCAUCUUCGGCCUUUUACGCCAAAGGCGUCCAUCCUACAGUCGAAGAACAAGUACAAUUGGCUAAAAGGAUUUCCAGCUCCCUAAGUGACAUCAGUAAUCAAAGCAGCAAGGGGCAAUCUAUGUACGUCAACCGCAAGAAAAGAUCAGUCAAGUGGGUCCACGAAGGAGAUGGUUUAAGAACAGAAAACAGUUCUGAAUACAUCUCCGAAUCUUCCGAAAGCAAAGAUCCGUUAAAAUUAGUGAUGAACCCCCACGGUCAAGUUCAAGAUAUCAACUCUUUACGAAGACAAGGUUAUACGAUUGAACCUGCCCUUUCCCCAGAUGUUUGUCUCGAAAUCGUAAAAGACUUAAAUUCCCCGAAAGGAAAAGGUGCGGAACUGUUUGCAAAACGACGUAAGCGUUCAGAAAAAUGGGUUGUUGGCGAAUCUAAUGGAACGAAACCAUCUUCAAUACCUGAUAUAGCUCCCUCACCGACCCCUAUAUUGUCACCUUUACCUCCGAUAAGCAGUCUACCACCACCAAGUUAUUUACCCGAAACGGCGCAGAGGAUACAGCACAAAGAGAAAUUGGAUGAGAUUCAGGAAAAAUUCACACGGCCUCGCGUUAAACUUGUAAAAUCACCAUGGGAUGCAGCCUUAGAAACGGGUUCGGUGGAAGCUGCUUUUCAAGAUAUAGCUCCAGUAUGGCCAAGUCGAGGAAAUUAUGUGGCCCCUGUUGUUGAUUCAUAUGAAACUGCUCUUAAAAAUGAUACUUUAGAAUCUUGGACUGGAGCAACAUCAAACGAGAAAGUUUUUUCGCACAAUCCUGCUUACAACAGUAGCAGCAUCAACAGGAUUGUCGAUAAUUUGCAAAAGGGUGUGAACAGCGUUGAUUUAUACAAACCGUCAUUUCCGCAGGCUUGGAAUUCUUCCGCAUCAACAAAGCAGCAGCAAUAUAGUAGCGUCAACCUUGCUCUAACUAACAUCAUUAAACCAACUGCUCCAAAAGAAGAAAGGUCUAAAUCGCCCUUCCCUGAAAUACCAGAUGUGUCAACUAACCCUGAAAUUUUAUUAGACACUCCCGUAGAACCAAAAAUUACCCUCCCUGUAACCCCAUCCUUUUUACAACCUAAAGUAGAUACUAAAGUCAAAGAAGAACAAUUAUUAAAAGAAAAAAUUUCCGAAAGGGCAGCUUCACCAUUUCCGGCAAUACCUGAUGUUACACUGGAAUCUGAAGUGUUAGAAAGCGACAUCCAAAAAGUUCAAAGAAAAGAAUUAGUCUCUGACCGUCCAAUCUCUCCAUUCCCUAAGAUAGCAGAUGUGACAAUAAAUCCAGAAAUUGUGGAGCAAGACGUGGUAAAACUGAGAACUAGCCCCCAACCAAUUCAGAUUUCGACAACUAGCAUAGAAGAAACGAAAUAUGACAAAUUAAAAGUUUUUGAGAAUGUACAAAGUACUCCAGCUGACAAACAAACUGAAUCAUUACCAUUUCCAUCCAUACCAGAUAUUAGUAAAUACUUAGCUACGAAUCAAGAAUCUUUUACAAAGGAAAGUACUCUGAAGAAAUAUGAAUCUGUAUCUAUGAAUAAAAAGUAUACGUUAAAUGAAUCACUACCUAUAAGUCCAAUUCAACCAGCAAAACCACAAUUUGCUUACGCGCUUCCAGAGUCAAAACAAAAAGUUGUAGAACAAAGCUUUCUGUCUUCUGCGAGUAGUUCUCGAACUGUUCAGUCCGAAAUUUUUGAAAGUCAAGGACAUUUCAAUGCGAGUAGAUCUUGUUCGCCUUUUCCAGUUUACAUACCAAAAUCUAGAAGUGAAACCCCACUUACUGAAAACGAACUAACUAAAAGCCAAAAAUUCCCACUGCCAAUUCAAGAAGAAGAAGUUGUGCAAAAGAGUCAGAAGUCCGAAAAUCAGAUCAGAAAAUUGGCUAUUCUAACAAACAAGGAAAAAUCUCAAGUCAUUGAAUCUCAAAAAACUUGUUUUGAAGAGUUACAUAAUAUUCAAAAUGCUUACGCAGAAGCUGAUAAGAGCUUAGUGAACAAUCCACCGCCUCUAAUUAAGCAAGAUAAUGAAAUUAAUAAAAUACUUGAUGAUAUGAAAAGAGUUAGGGAGGGCCAAUUUACAGAAUUUUCAGAACAAAGUGCUGUGCAACAACAAGAAAUAAAGCAAGAAAAGUCGAUUAUCGAGAACCAGUCUGCGAUAACACAAGAGCAUAUACUGCAAGCUACAGAACAAAAUGGUAGCAGCGACGUUAAUGAAGCCAUAAAGAGUCCAGAUUUGCAAAAAUAUAAAAAGGCGCCGGAAGCUGUUAUAGGUGCACGUCCCAUUUUCGGACAAACUAAUAUAAACAGUGAGUUUCAGAAAGCUUUUUCAGGACGGCAAAAAUCUCUACAAGGAAAGAGAUCCAGAGAUGUAACCGAACAAGUUGAUAAAACUCUUGGAAUAGAACCGAAAAUUAAAAUUGAAAAAACUGAAAAAGUAACAGAGCAGGAAGUUUCACAAAAUUCUAAAUUAUCUACGCAGUUUACAAAGAAUGAAACUGCGCAAGUAGAAACUCUUCGACCAAGUAAAAAUGAAGAAAUUGAGAAAAUUUUCUACCAGCAAGAAAAAGAAUACCAUGUAGACUACCAGUCUGUUCAAGAAGAAAGUGUUUAUCCCCACGAUAGUCCGAUACAGUACUACACAUCGCAAUGCGUUGUUUCUAAUAAAAAUAGAAAUAAUGAAAUUAACCAGCUAAAACAAAUAAAUCGUAACAUAACGCAGUCUGAGCAACGUAGUACGGAAUUUAAUCAAAGUGAAACUAUAUCUGAUGAAACGGACUAUCAAACGAUUCCUGUAAAAUCAUUGAUCAAAAAUUUUGAACAAUCUGCAAUGCCAGUGCUACGUUACAAACAAAUUCGAGAACCAUCGCCGAAUGUUGUCGAAAGAUUAAGCAACAAGUGUGUUGAACGAUCAUCCUCGCAACAAAAUUUUUCGGAGAAGAAAAGUGCACACACAGAACAGGUACUUCAAUCAGCGGAGCAAGAAUUCAACAAUUUAUACUACAUCUCGAAUGCUAUAGUUGAAAACAAACACUUUCCUUCAGAACAAACAACGAAUAUUUCGCAAUCCGAAAAUAGUUCCUUUUACAAAUAUACAUCCCAAAGCUCCCAGUUUCAGUCAUCUUCUGCUUUUCAAGAAGAGAAUGUAGUGCAGAUUAACGAGAACGGACAACAAGGCUCUAACACACUUCCAAGAUCGAAACCAAAACCGCCACUUUCUCCAAGCUACAAACCCAAUGUAGCGCCUCAAGUAUACGUUCCAAAGGAAACCAAUACUCCUUUGCCAGAAUUUAAUACUCCAUCGUACAACGCAUCAAAUACUCUUCUAACUCAGUCUCCGAUCGUCCCACCGCAACCACCACCAAGAGUUAACUUCGGUGCUUUUCAAAAUUAUAACACGGCUCCAAGAGGGUGGGGACAAAACAUAAAUUAUUAUAAACCAAUUACAUUCGACAAACCCGCUGUGUCCUAUUCGGAUUUUUAAAUACAAACUAAACUUGUUCCCGAAAGGAAUUUACAAACCGAAAUUUUUUGUUAUUUAGUUCUCAUGUAAGUCUCAUAGUUUAAUUUCGCCUCAAUCCCAUUAUUGGGGAUUGUAGAAUUGAGAUGUGUGAAUUCGUUAUUUCAAACCUAACACUACCAUGUUCAACUUAUUUUAAAUAUGUAUAUACUUGAUUGGUACUAAUAACUGUCAGAUUAUAACAGAUAUAGUUCGGUCUCAAGAACGGAAUGAAUAACGUUUUAAAACUUGACAUCUCAAAUGUCUACUUUUUUUGAAUAGUUAAACUAGUUUUUGCUUUUUGAGUGUUGUUAUUCACGCCACAAUACAAAACUGUUCUAUUUUAUGUGAAUAUAUAAUAAAGUUUUGAGUCACGUU